AUGGCUGAAGUCCCAGAGUAUUACGAUUCCGGCCCAGUUGAAGGAGAAGAUCUGGAGUAUGAGGUAGUCGACCUACCAACGUCUCUUAAAGUGGCUCAAGAUGCCGAAGCUGACACCAUGGCAGAGGUAGGCCCGGAGCUACCUGUAGAGAUUGACCAGGAACCCCAGCCAGAGACGGAGGAAAAAGACCUCGAAGAAGUGGGGGCGCCAGAGAAUGUACACCUACACAUAAAACCAACCGGCACGUCCAAGGAGGAGAUUCCCAAGGAGUCUGAGAGAGACCUUCCUAGCGAGACUGAUCGAGGGAUGCCGCAGAAGGCAAAGUCGGAGACAUUGAGAGAGAUGGGAGGAGAGCUUUUCAAGGAUUUGGAGGUCCUUAUGGAUGAUGAGCCAGAUUUAGAGCCACCGGAGGAGGCCAAAUUAGAUGUUACAGAGGAUGUACUCGUAGAGUCAGAUAAGGAAACAGAUCCGGAGCUACCAGAGGAGACAGAGACUGAAGUUUCAGGGGCCUCAAUCAGUGAGACAAGAUUAGAGUUGCUAGAACAGACCAUACUGGAGGUUCUGGAGGAUUCACUGAAAGAGCAAUAUGAAGAAACAGGUCCAGAACCUCCGGAGCAGACCAAACCUGAAUUUCCAAGUGAGAAACCAAGAAAAUCAAUUGAAGAGGCAGGUCUGGAACCUCCAGAAGAAACUAAACCAGAGGUUCCACAGGAGAUACAAAGAAAAUCAACUGAGGAGAAAGAGACAGAGCCACCUGAACAGACUAAACCAGAGUUUCCAAAGGAGAAACAAAGUAAGUCUACUGAGGAGGCAGGUGUAGAACCACCAGAAGAGACUAAACCAGAGAGUCCAGAGGAGGACCAAAGAAAAUCAACUGAGAAGAAAGAGACAGAGCCACCUCAGCAGACCAAAUCAGAGUUUCCAGACCAGAAACCAACUAAGUCUAGUGAAGAGACAGGAAGAAAGUCAACUGAGGAGAAAGUUCCAGAGCCACUUGAAGAAACCAAAUCAGAAUUCCCUGAGGAAAAAUCAAGAAAAUCAAUUGAGGAAACAGGUCUAGAGCCAUCAGAAAAGACCAAACCAGAAGUUGAAGAGGAGGCCCACAAAGAGUCAACUGUGAAGAAACCAAAGUUUCCAAAGAAAGAACCAAGAAAAACAACUGAGUUUGAAACAGGUCAAAUGCCACCACAGAAGACCAAACCAGAGGUCCAAGAGAAGACACAAACAAAGGAAACUAAAGAGAAAGAUCUAGAAUUACCAGAUAAAGCCCAACUACCACUAAGAAUAGUGUCACAUACAGAAUUUUUCAAGGAAGAUGGGCCAAAACCAGUCAAAUUUAAGUAUUCCCUAGACAAGGAUGAGCUAGAACACUCUGACUAUCAAACGAGAAAGUGGUCAGUAAAAGAAACCAAGAAAGCUAAAAGAGAGUCUAUGUUCGGGUCUCUCACAAUAAGUGAAGUAGAUUCAGUGAGUGUAAGUUAUGAGUUUCCUAAGGAUUUUAAAGGACUGUUUGAGGUUACCGAUAUCAAUGAUGAUUUAUACCCUUACCUCUCAGACUCCCAGAGGGAUUUGAGAGAGUCUUUUAGUGAAAAAGUUGUAGAUUUUUCCCCAGAGUUGAAACAGGUACACAAAGAUGAAGAAACCCAGCCAAAAGAAAGUGCUGAGCUACAAUUUGAGUAUCUUAAAUGGAGCCCAGAGAAAGUUGCAGAGUGGAUUAGUGAGCUAGGCUUCCCUCAAUACAAGGAAUGUUUUACCACAAACUUCGUCUGUGGUCGAAAGCUCAUUUACGUAAACUGUUCAAACCUCCCUCAGAUGGGGAUAACUGAUUUUGAGGAUAUGAAGGCAAUUUCUCGGCAUACACGGGUGCUCCUGGGAAUUGAAGAGCCAUUGUUCAGUCGCACCAUCGCCCUGCCCUACAGGGACAAUAUUGGCUUAUUUUUAGAGCAAAAAGGUCAUAGUGGGGUAAAAUCUGAUUCCUUGACCUUCUCUGAAUUUGUGCAAGCGGCAGGAUUACAGGAUUAUGCUCCAAAAACAACCGCCCCUGAAGAGAAUGAAGCAUUGCAUUACACUGAACCAUAG